AUGAGCAAUGCAUCUGAAAACACGAAAAAUUACUAUCUUCUGUAUGCGGAGCCAUUUUUAGACAACCCGUCAAUCUGUGAUAUAGCAAAUCGUAAUUUUCUCAAUAAAGAGUUCGCCAUUUCAACAUUUGGCUACGAUUCGUAUUCGAAUUAUGCAAACAAUUUGAAUUGCUCAAUCGUUUUGGAAGGAUUAGCCGUGAAUUCACAGGCGGUGCUCGAGCUUUUCGACUUGAGAAUGGAAAGUGGAGCCGAUUUUCUUCAAAUAAACGAUUUGAAUGUAAAAAUAUCUUCUCUUGAUGGAAAUGACCGAUAUUAUGCAUAUCCGCUAGAGCAAAAAAGCGCUGCUUUAGAAAUUUCCUCUGAUCAAUUGGGAUCCAGAGUUGGAGUAAAUGCGAAAAUGCAUAUUUUGGCACCACCACAAACGACUUUCAUUGAUCUGUGCAUGACUUCACUCGCUCACGUUUUGAUGCCUCAAAAUACAGCUUUUUGGCAAUAUCAAAUCACCUCAUGCAAAGGCCGGGUAUCACUAGUGAUUCUUGACCCAUUCGCCGGACUAUAUGAAGUUUAUGAUGGUGAAUUUGAUAAAGGGCCAAGACUUUCAACGAAUCAAGGAUCGGUUAUUGUUUCUUCGGGUCGAAUGCUAUCUUUGCGACUUUCUCUAAUGCAACCACAAGCAAAUCCUGUUUAUGAAUUUGUUGCCAGUGAUUCGUUCACAGAUCAAGAGGGGAACAUUUGCGGUGGAGUCAUUCAUUAUAUGUUCUCGGAUUCCACCUACAAUACGUUUAACCUUUCAAGUGUUGAAGGAUGUGUGUUAUACGUUGAUAAAAUCACAGCUCAUAUUCAAACCACAGCCGCUGUUCCCGUUUUCCCUGGAUGCACUCUAGAUAAAGAUAAACUGAUUCCAAGCUCAAAAGAUGUACCUUUAAACCUUUAUGUCGGAUGGAUGGCUGCUCCAUUCACCAUUCUUAUACCCGCAAAUUUCUCUGAUGAAGAACAGCUAUUACUAAACUUUGAGCAAGAAAUCUGGCUAUCCGACAGCGAUUCAGCUCUAGUUGCUUCAUCAGAUUAUCUGCAAGUCGAUGAUCAAAACAUGUUUAAAGGCGGCAUUGUGGCCUCGAUUUUCUAUAAAGGAACUCAACAGCAAGUGUUAUUCUUUGAGUUACUUCAAGCUCUCGGUGAUGGACAAUUGGUUUUUGGGAAUGAGAGUCGAAAAUAUUCGGGACAUGAUGGGAUUUUCUCGAGAUUGAUUGAAAAUGGAACACAAAUUGUGUACAAUUCGACGUUAACAGGGAAAGGGAGGCUUAUUGCAAGAUAUGCGGAUAUGCGUGUAAAGUGGUUACAGUGGAUUUUGCUUGCCUGUUUCUUUGGGCACUCCAUCAGCGCCUCGUUGAGAAGAGGCCGACUUGAACCAAUGAAAAAUUUGCCGCCGGCUGAUGCAGUGGACGUGAUUUUGACGCACGUGCAACCGGGCGGCUCGUCAACAAAUUCGAUGUUGAGCGACAGUGGCGCUGGACGAGGCUCGAUUCUACCAGAUCAACGUCUUUUCGGUGCUUUCUCUCCAGUCGGCCUCAACUAUGAGACGAGCGGCGACCUUGUCCAGGUUUCCACGUAUCGAGCGUGCGACAAUCGCCGCAAAGGACCCGACUACACUUUGAGGGGACAUAUUGCUGUACUCUUCUUUGACGAUGUUCAACCAUUCUUGGCUGGUUGUGUAGCCGUCGAUAACCAGGCACGAUUUGCCGAGAAUUCGGGAGCUUUGGCUUUAGUGGUUGGACCAGCGUCGAGCAUUUUGAACAAUGCCAAAGCGUUAUCGAUGCGAGCCGCUCGAAUUCCGGUUGUGGUUUUGGAUGAGACGGAGACCCAACGACUCCAGAAAGAGCUCGCUGAGACACAAAAAAAAGGUUUGGUGGCUCGUUUGUCCCUGCAAUUUGUUGAGGCAAAACCAUCGUACACUUUGAGAGUACAGGUCUUUCGAGUAACUCCGUUGAAUCUCUGCCUUCUUGGACUUCUUGCUCUUCUCGUUUUGUUCAUUUCGAUUAUGGUUUUUGUGAAAAUACGUUGCAAACCGAAUGCACAUCGUGAUUUGUGGAUGAGAGCUCUCGCUAGGAAUGCUCUACACAAAAUGGAGAUUCGGAAAUACACAAAGAGCUCUGGCAACUCCAAACCAAAUCGUUUCACCAGAUUGUCAAGACCGAAUUAUCUGCCGGUUUUCGGAUCUCUCACCUCUGUUGCACAUACAGUAGCUGGACAGGAAAGAUGCGCUAUUUGUCUAGAAGAUUAUCGAGAAGGAUCUGAUCUUCGAGUGCUCUUUUGUGGUCACGAGUUUCAUCCAAAAUGCGUUGAUCCAUGGCUACUUUCUCAUAGACGAUGUCCUUUAUGUCAAUAUGAUGUGGUUUACAAAGAGUAUCCGCACACUGAUGACACGAAGGGAAGUUCGGAUCGAGAUACGCCAACAGUGCCUCUUCUUCGGCCAUCUUCUCCAUAUCCAUAUCUGGUGGAGAUGCAGAGAAAUGAGACAACAGCGUUGCCUCGAAGCACUCAACAGGGAUCUCCUCCAUCAAAUGAUCCUUUUGUGCCGGCAAUUCUCUCGAUCGCUCCCGGCAGAGUUUCGAGAAGAUCCGGCCCAACAAGAACAAGAUCUGUGCCUCGACGGAGACCACUUCGAAGUCGUGACACUGUUCUUCGGACGACCGUUGGCCCACUUGGGCAUGUCUCUGGAUACUCAUCUGAUGUCUCUUCCUAUCCGGAUUUUGAGGCCCUAUCUCCAAGAAUCAUUUUA